AUGCACGAGAUUGUCACUGUUUCGGUGGGGCCCCACCCAAACAACAUCGUCACCCACUUCAACAACGUCCAGGAGGACAAGCUGUAUCUCGCGCCACGGCUCGCAGACAACCCCACAGACCCAGCCGUCCACAUGGAGCCCGUCAGACAGGGCACCAGCUUCUCGUUCUACCCGCGCUCGGUGCUCUGGGAGUACGAGAACGGCUACGGCGCGUUACAGAAACACACAUCCCUCAACAUCGACCCCACCGGGUACGAGGUGAUCGCUAAACCUAAAGUCGCCCGAAACAGGUACCAGGACCUUCUGGACGACGCACAGCCAACAAACAACGUCCUCCACCAGGAUUCCGUCAGGUACUGGUCCGACUUCUCGCGCGUGCUGUACAAGCCGGAAUCGCUGCUCAACGUGUCCAAUUGGCAGUACGACUACAAAAAUCAGACAGGGUUCCUGAAAAUGCACCCGGAACGCCAUUUCGAGGGCUACGACGUGGGAGCAGCAGAAUACGGCAACAAGGAAACCGACUUUGUCGACACAACGUUCAGGUACGCUUUGGAGAAGUGCGACCUGGUGAGUGGGCUGAACUUGGUGACGGAAAUCGAUACAGCGUGGGGUGGGUUUUCCGACCAGUUACUGCUGGAUAUCCGAGACGAGUACGCCAAGACACCGGUUUCGACGUGGGGGUUGGUGAAGGACGACGCGCGACUCAACUUCCCGCUGCUGUUGAGCCGGAUCAGGGCGAUUGUCGGGCUCGUGCAGAACUCGUCGCUGUUCUUCCCGCUCAACAGUGCCCCGGAGCUGCCGCAGUGGGUCGACAAGGAGUCUCUGUGGGAGGUGUCAGCGUUCCAGAGCAUCCCGUUCGAGUUUGUGAACGGGCUGUUUAGCACGAAGAAACCGUUCCAGAUGUCGGACUUUGUGAACGGUUUGACACUGGCUGGGGGUCAAAAUAUCGUUUCCGAUCUCACCUGCACACCCCAUGUUUUCAACUGUGUGCGGAUGUACGGAAAUGACGCACGAACUCGGCACCAUUUUGCACUGUCGGUCAUCAACAAGGGGUCCACGAAAGUGGAGUUCACCCACCUUGUGGAGGCCGGCACCUCGUCUAAGCACUGCAUCGAGUACAAAUCAGAUAUCCCCUUCAACAGCGCACUGGACAGCUUCCCAGCGCAGUUCCGAGAAGACACCCCCACAUUGUGCUCUGUGGGGGUCACAAAUUCCCCACGCAAGUGGUUCCAAGAAAUGGCCGGGGUAGUUUCCAAGUAUUAUCGCGGAGAUGACAGGCAGGACUUGAAAAACGACAUGGAAACCAUUAGCGAGCAGUACGUGUGGGGCUACGAGUCGGACGACGAAGAUCUCAGCAACCAGAGCUCUCAUUCUAGCAGAGAUGCACAUGGCGAUGUAACUGGAUCUCCAGAUCAAGUAGGUGAAAGCACCACCGGUGGAGGUGGAGGAGAAAGUACCCCACACCAAGUCGGCAACGGCCUUCUCAGCACCCACGUAAGAAAGGGAACCAAGGUGGUUGUAUUUGAAAGGCUUGAUGUCAGCCAAGGCAGCGUCCAAUCUGGUCUGGACCUUGGAUUUUUCGUCAGAGUUGGAAGAUCUGACCAAUUCAGCCUCCAAGUCGUCAAUGGCAGCUCUCUUGGCGAAAGUAGAAGCAAGGUAGUGUCCCUCUUGGUGAGCAACUUGACCGGUUGGUGGGUGGCCGGUGAAGGCACAGUCACCAACAGCGUAAACGUUCUCAGUACCCUUGACCUUGAGGUUCUCAUCCACAAGAAGACCUCUUCUAGCACCGGCUUGACCCUCAAUCUUCUUGAAAAGACCGGUGGUGAAGUCAGUAGGACGGAUACCACCGGCCCAGACAAGCAUACCGUAUGGAAGCUCCUUCUUCUCGGUGCUUCCGUCCUUUUGCUUGGUGGAAGCGGUGAUGACAGUGUCGGUAACGUUGUUAACGGCAGUGUUGACGAGCAACUGGAUGUCGUUCUCAGCAAAAGUCUUUUGAGCGUAAGUCCACAGGCUCUUGGAGAAAGAGUUCAAAACGUUUGGCAAAGCCUCGAUCAAAGUGACCUUGACUUCCUUGGCGAUUUCCGGCAUCCAUUUGCUCAAGUCCUCGUCAACGUAGUCCUUCAAUUCACCGGCAAAUUCGACACCAGUUGGACCACCACCAACAACAACAAAGUGCAACAGUCUCUUUCUCUCGGCACUUCCUUCAGGGAACAAAGAAGCCUUCUCGACAGACUCCAAGAUCUUUCUUCUGACCUGGAUGGCGUCUGGCAACUCCUUCAAGAAACAAGCAUAGUCGGCAACACCUGGGAUGUUGAAAGUGGAUGGCUGAGCUCCAACAGCAACAACCAAGUAGUCGUACUUAACUUCCUUCUCAACAGCAGACGAGUCUGGGAACUUGAUCUUCAACGAGUUGUUGGAGUAGUCCAAGUCAGUAGCGUCGGCUUCGUAGUAGGUAACUUCGGCAGGAGUUCUCUUGGCAAUCGAUCUGAUUGGCUCAACAAUCGAUCUUGGCUCGAUGGUUCCGGUAGGGGCAGAUGGCAACAGAGGAGUGAACAAGAAGUAGCUUCUUGGAGAAAUGAUGGUGACCUUGUAAAGGCUGGUGUCGAGGUCCUUCAACAUGGAUGCAGCACCCCAACCACUUCCGAGAAUAACCAGGUGCUUCUUCUCAAUACCGGCAGCGGUCAAGUCAGUUUGUGGCUUCUGGCUCUUUGGGUUGGCCUCUCUGUAGAUGGAGAAACCAAACCAGGUAGUUGCCAAAACGGUACCGAUGGCACCCACAUCGAAUGGGAUCUUGAAGAGCUUGUGGAACAAGGAUUUCCGUUGAGCAGAGGAAACAACAACCGAAGAGCUGAAAGCUCUGGUGGUGGCGAGAUUAAGGCGAACGGCCCGUCUAGCUGCCAACAUAGUGGAUAA